AUUAUGCUGACCCAGGUCACGUGACCAAGCUCCAUGCUGAACUGGGGUGGGUGCAUGGAGGGGACGUGAAAACUGUUUCCAACAAUUUUCCAAACGUUUUCCCGCGACAAAAACUCCGCUUCCGGACUUCGCCGCGACCUUUUUGGCUCUCCAGACGACUCUAGGAACCCAACAUGGCGAGCGUGUCGUACCAUAUCUCCAGCCUUCUGGAGAAAAUGACGUCCAGUGACAAGGACUUCCGGUUCAUGGCCACCAACGACCUGAUGACAGAACUGCAGAAGGACUCCAUCAAACUGGACGAUGACUCCGAGAGGAAGGUGGUGAAGAUGUUGCUGAAGCUCCUUGAAGACAAGAACGGAGAAGUGCAGAACCUGGCCGUCAAGUGUCUCGGGCCGCUGGUCAACAAGGUCAAGGAGUAUCAGGUAGAGACAAUAGUGGACACGCUGUGUUCCAACAUGGUGUCGGAUAAGGAACAGUUACGUGACAUUUCCAGCAUCGGGCUGAAAACCGUCAUCAGUGAGCUGCCGCCAUCCUCCAACGCACUGGCCGCUUCCAUCUGUAAACGCAUCACAGGUCGUCUGACCAGCGCCAUCGCUAAGCAGGAGGACGUGUCAGUGCAGCUGGAGGCGCUGGACAUCCUGGGCGACCUGCUGAGCCGCUUCGGCAGCCUGCUGGUCAGCUUCCACCCCUCCAUCCAGGCGUGCCUCCUGCCACAGCUGACCAGUCCCAGGCUGGCCGUCAGGAAGAGAGCUAUCAUUGCUAUCAGUUACCUUGUGCUGAGCUCCAAUAACCAGUUGUUUAUGGAGUUAAUGGACCACCUGCUGACGGAGCUGGGUAAGAACAGCUCCACCUCGACCACACGGACGUACAUCCAGUGCACGGGGGCGAUCAGCCGCGCCGCGGGACACCGCGUGGGCGAGCACCUCGAGCGCAUCAUCCCACUCAUCGUCAAGUUCUGCCAGGUAGAGGAUGAUGAUGAGCUGCGUGAGUACUGUAUCCAGGCGUUUGAGUCGUUCGUGCGCCGCUGCCCUAAGGAGGUGUCUCCCCACGUGCCGACCAUCAUUGCGCUCUGUCUCCAGUACAUCUGCUACGACCCCAACUACAACUACGAAAGUGAUGAAGAGGAUGCGAUGGAUGCAGAUGAGGAGGAUGAGGAGGGGGAGAGUGAUGAUGAGUACAGUGAUGAUGAUGACAUGUCGUGGAAGGUUCGCCGUGCCUCUGCCAAAUGUCUGGACGCCAUCUUGGGUUCCCGUCGGGAGAUGAUCGGCGAGUUCUACAAAACUGUGUCGCCUGCUCUCAUCGCCAGGUUCAAAGAGCGAGAGGAGAAUGUGAAGUCGGACAUUUUCCACGCGUACAUCACGCUGCUGAAGUCCACCAAACCCGCGGCGCUCACGACUGUCGACCCUGACGCUAUGGAUCAGGAGGAGGGGCCCAUUGCCAUGCUGCAGUCCCAGGUCCCCAGCAUCAUCAGGGCCCUGCACCGACAGCUCAAGGAGAAGAGCAUCAAGACUAGACAGGGCUGCUUUGCCCUGCUGACGGAGCUCGUGUCGGUUCUCCCCGGCGCGCUGAGUGACCACAUUCCCGCGCUCAUUCCCGGGAUCCAAUUCUCGCUGUCCGACAAGAACACCAGCUCCAACAUGAAGAUCGACACGCUCGCGUUCCUGAACUGCCUGCUGACGCACCAUCCUCCUCAGGUCUUCCACCCUCACAUCCCCAUACAGGUGCCCCUGGUUGUGCAUGCUGUGGCAGACCCGUUCUACAAGAUCACGUCAGAAGCUCUGCUGGUGACCCAGAACGUGGUGAAGGUGAUUCGCCCACUGGACAGCCCCACUCAGUUCGACUUCCGGCCUUACGUAGGAGACCUGUACAAGUCCACACUCAACAGACUGAUGGCAGCAGACAUUGACCAGGAGGUGAAGGAGCGUGCGAUCACCUGCAUGGGGCAGAUCAUCUGUAACCUUGGCGACAACCUCAGCACAGAGCUGCAGACCUGCCUCCCCAUCUUCCUGGACCGUCUCCGUAACGAGAUCACACGACUCACCGCCGUCAAAGCGCUCACCAUGAUCGCUGGCUCGCCGCUGAAGAUUGACCUUCGACCCAUCCUUGCGGAGGCGAUGCCGAUCCUGGCGUCGUUCCUGCGUAAGAACCACCGGGCGCUGCGUCUGAGCACGCUCACAACGCUGGACGUGCUCAUACAGAACUACGGGAACGCCAUCACACAGGACAUGCUCAACGGAGUCCUGGCAGAGGUCCCGCCCCUGAUCAGUGAGAACGACCUCCACGUGUCCCAGCUCACCAUCAACCUGCUGACCUCCAUGUCACGGGUUCAUAGGUCAUCCCUGGCCAAGAUCGGAGAGUCCAUCCUCCCUGAGCUGUUUGUGUUAGUGCGGUCACCGCUGCUGCAAGGUGCUGCCCUGACUGCAAUGCUCGACUUCUUCCAAGCUCUGGUGUCCUCAGGAACCCCUAAGAUGGGUUUUCGCGACCUUCUGCAGUACCUGACCACCCCCAUAUACAGCCCCACGCCCAGCACGCAGCCCCCCAACGCGGCCUUCGCCGUCCACAAGCAGGCCUUCCACUCCAUCGCCAAGUGCGUGGCCGCCCUCACCAUCACGUGCGCCCACGAGGGCGCCGGCGUCGUCAACCAGUUUGUCAACGACGUCAAGAACCCGAAAUCCACGGACUCGAUCCACCUGUUCUCUCUCCUCGCGCUGGGAGAGAUCGGAAAGCACGUGGAUCUCAGCAACCAAUCGGAGCUGAUGGGGGUAAUACUGGACUCGUUUUCCUCACACAGCGAGGAAGUGAAGUCAGCAGCGUCCUACGCGCUAGGUAACGUUAGCAUCGGCAACCUGCCCAAGUAUCUGCCGUUCGUUCUACAAGAGAUCGAGAGCCAGCCAAGACGGCAGUACCUCCUCCUGCACUCCCUAAAGGAGAUUCUUUCCUGUCAGGCCACGAGUCCUUCAGGUGUGGAGGCGCUGAAGCCCUUCAUUGGCAACAUCUGGUCGAUGCUGUUUAAGCACUGCGAGUGUGCAGAGGAGGGAACACGGAAUGUCGUCGCUGAGUGCCUUGGGAAGCUCACGCUCAUGGACCCUGUCGCGCUGCUCCCCAAACUCAAGGGUUACCUGGACUCGGGGUCGGGUUACACGCGCAGCACGGUCGUCACGGCGAUCAAGUUCACCAUAUCAGACCAGCCGCAGUCCAUCGACUCGCUGCUGCGGGGCUGCAUCGGAGACUUCCUGAAGACGCUGCAGGACCCGGACCUUAACGUGAGAAGGGUGUCGCUCGUCGCCUUCAACUCAGCAGCCCACAACAAGCCGUCUCUGAUCCGUGACCUGUUGGACCACGUCUUGCCUCACCUGUACAACGAGACGAAGGUGCGUAAGGAGCUGAUCAGGGAGGUGGAGAUGGGGCCCUUCAAGCACACGGUGGACGACGGACUCGACAUCAGGAAAGCAGCGUUUGAGUGCAUGUACACCCUGCUGGACUCCUGUCUGGACCGGCUGGACAUUUUCGAGUUCCUGAACCAUGUGGAGGAUGGACUGAAGGAUCAUUACGACAUCAAGAUGCUCACUUAUCUCAUGCUGGUGCGGUUAUCCACCUUGUGUCCACACGCGGUACUGCAGCGGUUGGACCGGCUCAUCGAGCCGCUCCGCGCCACCUGCACCACCAAGGUCAAGGCCAACUCCGUCAAGCAGGAGUUCGAGAAGCAGGACGAGCUGAAACGGUCGGCCAUGCGCGCCGUCGCCGCCCUCCUCGCCAUCCCCGACGCCGACAAGAGCCCACUCAUGAUGGACUUUCUGUCUCAGAUCCGGGCGAGCCCUGAAAUGGCCACCAUGUUCGAUAGUAUCCAGAAAGAUGCAAGUUCCACCAGCAUAGAGACCAUGGACACCAGUUAGGCGCGGGCUUGAAAAUCAGCUGCGAAAAAAUGUGCAUUAAUUACUCGUAUAAAAUUCCUGAACGUGAACCUUUGUAGGAAGAAAAAAUGUUUGAUUGGAAUUUUUGUGAUGCAUGUUUUUACUCGAGGCUAUUCCAACGAAAUUACUUGUUUCUUGGUGUAUCAAAGUUUAAAAGCUGUAACAUAAACUUUUUGAGUCAAGAAUCCCUCUAAGAUAGCCUAGAUGCGUGUCGAUGGCUGUUAAAUAUGAUGCAAGUACAUUUAACUUGUUGUGAAAAUUUGUCUUUGGUUUUUCCCCUUUUCCUUUUGUUUUAGAAAAAUAAGAAACAGGAAAUUUUGUUGGCAAGGCCUGAGUUAAAUCGGUGCAUUACUUAUAGAAGAUUCCAGAACUUAAACCCUUGUUGGAAAAAGUUGCGACUUGUUUGAAGCUGAUUGCGCGAAAAAAAUCAGUUUCCGGAAAUCAGAAAGUUUUUGAGGAAUUACCUUGGUUACACAGAUGGAAGAAUCGGUUUAUAGUGAUAGCUUGGUGCAAGGAA